AUGUAUACAUUAGCAGCUGUAUUUAUCAUUAUAAUAUCAAUGAAUGGUAUAGUAAUGAUAUGGCUUUAUCAUACUGCACCAGCUGAUAAUAAAUUAUUUUAUGAAUUAUUUGAUAGGUCUGUAAAGGAAGAAAUAUUCUUAACCGAAAUCGAAAAAGGACUUGAUUGCAUUU